GUGAGAGCUUGAAUUUACAGAGAGAUGGCUUCUUUCUCUCUCUAUUCUUCAUGUAUUCCUUUUGCUAAGAUCGAAUUGAAGAAGAAGAAUCUGAUUUUUCUCAAUCCUUCAAUUGAAAGGAGGAACAAUGGAACUAUUUCCUCACGCACAUCCGAAUUUCGACUUCUCUGUUCUUCUUCAAAGAGUUCGUCUGCUCCGAUUCCUGCCGGCGGUGAUAAUUCUCCAAGCAACUUUUGUAUCAUUGAAGGACCAGAAACAGAUGAGGAUUUUGUCCAGAUGCAGUAUCAGGAGAUCCAGGACAAUAUUAGAAGUAGGCGCAAUAAGAUCUUUCUACUAAUGGAAGAGGUUCGGAGGCUGAGGAUACAACAGAGGUUGAGGAACAUUGAUGUCUAUGACAAUUUAGAAGAUGAAAAUGAGAUGCCUGACAUUCCAUCAUCCAUUCCAUUUCUUCCACAUAUGACACCAAAAACACUGAAGCAACUUUAUUUGACCAGCUUUGGACUUAUAUCUGCUAUCAUUACCUUUGGAGGGCUUUUUGCACCAAUACUGGAGCUAAAACUAGGAGUUGGAGGCACAUCCUAUGAAGAUUUUAUACGCGGCAUGCAUUUGCCUCUACAAUUGAGCCAAGUGGAUCCUAUUGUGGCUUCAUUUUCUGGCGGAGCAGUUGGUGUUAUAUCUUCUUUAAUGUUGAUCGAGGUUAACAAUGUUGAACAACAGGAGAAGAAAAGAUGCAAGUAUUGUCAUGGAACUGGAUACUUGGCAUGUGCUCGAUGUUCUGCAAGUGGAGUUUGUCUAAAGAUCGAACCAAUCUCAAUAGCUAGUGAUUCUAAUAAACCAUUACGAGCACCGACCACCCAAAGGUGUUUAAACUGCUCCGGCGCAGGAAAGGUCAUGUGCCCAACAUGUCUCUGCACUGGGAUGGUAAUGGCAAGUGAACAUGAUGCAAGGAUAGAUCCAUUUGAUUUAACAUGAUUAUCAAGAUACCCUUCUUCUUCUUCAACCAAGGUUUCAUCUGAUUGUGAGCUUUGGUACAAUGCUGGAUGAUGCAAAAUUGAUUUAUCAUAACUUUUAUUG